GUUGCCCGCAGGCGCCUGCGCAAUGGGCCGGCCGUGGGGUUGGGGGGCGGGAAGCACUUCGGGCAGCGGAGCCCAUGUCGGCCCUGAGGCGCUCGGGCUACGGCCCCAGUGACGGUCCGUCGUACGGCCGCUACUACGCGUCUGGGGGUGGAGAUGUGCCGGUGCACCCACCUCCGCCCUUAUAUCCUCUUCGCCCCGAGCCUCCCCAGCCUCCCAUUUCCUGGCGGGUGCGCGGGGGCGGCCCGACCGAGACCACCUGGCCGGGAGAAGGCGAAGGAGGAGAUGGCUACUAUCCUUCCGGGGGCACCUGGCCGGAGCCGGGUCGAGCUGGAGGAAACCACCAGGAACAGCCACCAUAUCCUAGCUACAAUUCUAACUAUUGGAAUUCUGCUGCACGACCUAGGGCUCCUUACCCAAGUACAUAUGCUGUAAGACCAGAAUUGCAAGGCCAGAGUUUGAAUUCUUAUACAAAUGGAGCAUAUGGUCCAACAUAUCCCCCUGGCCCUGGGGCAAAUACUGCCUCAUACUCUGGGGCUUAUUAUGCACCUGGAUAUACUCAGACCAGUUACUCCACAGAAGUUCCAAGCACUUACCGUUCACCUGGUGACAGCCCAACUCCAGUCUCUCGUUGGAUGUAUCCCCAACAGGACUGUCAGACUGAAGCACCCCCUCUUAGGGGGCAGGUUCCAGGAUAUCCUGCUUCUCAGAACCUGCCUCACUAUCCUUAUGGGGAUGGGAAUCAUAGUGUUCCACAGUCAGGACCACCUGUACGGCCACAGGAGGAGGCGUGGGCUUCUCCUGGAGCUUACGGAAUGGGCGCCCGUUACCCCUGGCCUGCAGCUGCGCCCUCAGUGCCCCCUGGGAAUCUGUACGUGACCGAAAGUACUUCGCCAUGGCCCAGCAGUGGCUCUCCUCAGCCACCUCCUUCUCCACCUCUCCAGCAGCCCAAGGAUUCCUCGUACCCCUAUAGCCAAUCAGAUCAAGGCAUGAACCGGCACAACUUCCCUUGCAGUGUCCAUCAGUACGAAUCCUCGGGGACGAUGAACAAUGACAAUUCAGAUCUUUUGGAUUCCCAAGUCCAAUAUAGUGCUGAGCCUCAGCUGUAUGGUAAUGCCACCAACGAACAUCCCAGCAAUCAAGAUCAAAGUAAUAAUCUUCCUGAAGAGUGCUUAUCUUCAGAUGAAGGUACUCCCCCAAGUAUUAAAAAAAUCAUACAUGUGCUGGAGAAGGUCCAGUAUCUUGAACAAGAAGUAGAAGAGUUCGUAGGAAAAAAGACAGACAAAGCAUACUGGCUUCUGGAAGAAAUGCUAACCAAGGAACUUUUGGAACUGGAUUCAGUUGAAACGGGGGGCCAGGACUCUGUCCGGCAGGCCCGGAAAGAGGCUGUUUGUAAGAUCCAGGCCAUACUGGAAAAAUUAGAAAAAAAGGGAUUAUGAAAGGAUUUAGAACAAAGUGGAAGCCUGUUACUAACUUGACCAAAGAACUCUUGAUUUUGGUUAAUUACCCUCUUUUCUAAAUGCCUGUUGAUGACAAGAAGCAAUACCUUCCAACUUUCCUUUGAUUUAAAAUUUGAAAAAAUUGGUAAAGGAAUGGAAGAACAUUUUAGUUAUGAAGUUGCUUUCGGUUUUCAGACGAAUGAAUGUAAUAGGAAACUAUGGAGCUAACAAUAUUGCCAAGUAGACUCACUCCUUAAGAAAUUUAUGGAUAUCUGCAAGCUGCUUCUUAUCAGCAGGAGGGAAAUAAAUAUACUUUAUGUAACAGGCUUAACAGAAACCUACCAGAUGAGACUGGCUAUAAUCUGAGACAAACAGAAUCUGUUUUUUUUUAAACAUCUGGAUUACUUGUCACAUUUUUGUACAUUGUGACUGCUUUCAGCAUACCCUUCAUGUGUAAAUUACAGCUUAGACUUUAGACUCUUGGACUUGUUUUGUUUUGUUACUUACAGUUCACAAAUAUAAUAUUCUCUACUUCUUGGUACAUUUUGUAGUAAUAUGUUUAAUAUAAUUAUUCAAGAGACUAUAUUGACAGCCAGAUAGUGUGGCAAUUCUGAAUGACUUUAUAUCUUUACAUCACUUGAAUAUAUUGCAAUGUGUAGUGAGUUCCCCAGGUAAAUUGUUUGUCUCCCAUGUUGUAUAGAUUGUUAGAGUUUUUACCACUUUUGCUUUUCAUGGUAGUAGUGGAAGGCGAAUUUGGAAAUGGCAUUGACAUAGAAUGAAAAUGUUUGUGGACACUUCUUUUUUGCCUUUUUAUUGUAUUUGGAUAAAGAUCCAUUUUAAAAUUAUCUGUUUUUUUAAACAACGUAUAAUUAUCUUUUCACUAUUGCUGCUUCCAUAGAGAGCAUUGUGAUAGAUAACAGAUGAAACAUUAAAUGCCACAGUGAGUAGAAAUAAUGACUACACAAAAUAAUAGAUGUAAUUAUUUAGUAAUACCAUUCUCCAUCUAAGAUGACUUUCACCAUCAAGAUCCCUACGAGCAGAUUUCAGCUCAGUUUAUAGUUAAAAACAAUGAGGGUUAAAGGGUAUUCAUGCUCAGGGAAUGAAUCAGCCAUAGCUAGAGUGGGAAAUUAAUUAUUUUCUUCUUUUAAAGGUAGAUUUGAUGUUUAUUUCUCUAGAGUAAAUUGCAUAGAUAGAAUUGCCUAUUUCAUAAAAAGAUGUUUUUACCAUUAUUAACAGUCAUUUUAGAGCCAAAUUUAUGGAAGGGAUAUUGAAAGGGUCUUAUGUAGCCUUGGUGGGUAGCUCUGUGCUGUUAUAUAGAAGAGACUUAGGUACAUAACUUACUUUUUACAUCUGAGGUGAGUUCUAGUAUACAGUAUCUGUUCUUAGAAAAACAACUGUUUCUUCAUAAGAUAUCCAAGUGGUAAUUUUUUUUCCUAGACUGCCAGGCCUAUUAGUGAUACUAAAUCUAUCAUCUGUCUCCAUUCCUCAUAAACAAAACCAAAUCAGUACAAACAUAUUAGAUGAGAGGAAAUGUAGUAAAAAUAUUGGCUGGGAUGAGUGAUUUUGCAAGAUAAUAUAGUGAUAAAUUUAUUCUUGGAUUUUAAUUUUUGGCCUAAUAUAGGAAUGUUUAAAAAGGCUUUUCUAUGAAAAUUAGAAAAUUAUACUUGAGAUUAAAAAUAUAGAAGGGGGAGGACUUUAAAGCUAAGUUACCAGUGAGACAAUGAGUAAUUCAGAAGAGAACACUACUAUUUUACUGAGUGCCCAAGAUGCCAAUUUCCAUGACGUCUUGAUUUAUAGAUAUAUGUACCCAUGUUAUGUACAUAUAUACAUAUAUGUGUGUAUGCUUUUAAACAGUUUUUUAAAAGUUUUUGAGAUAAUUCUAGACUUACAGAAGAGUUGUAAAAAUAGUACAGAGUUCUCAUGUAUCCUCCACCCACCUUCUCCUUGUGUUAACGUCUUGCAUAACUAUAGAACAUUUGUCAAAAUUAAGAAAUUAACCUCGAUACAAUACUAUUUACUGAAGUAGAGAAUUUAAAAAGUAGAGAUUUUAUUAGUCUUUUGACUAAUAUCCUUUUACUACUCCAGGAUCCAAUCCAGGAUCCCACCUUGCAUUUAGUUGUCAUGUCUCCUUUGUGUCCUCUAGUCUGUGACAGUGUAUCAAAACAGGGGAUACCUAAUGCAAUGUAUUUCUGGUGUUGUUAACUUUGAUCACUAUGCUCGGCUGGUGUCUGCUAGGAUUCUCUACUGUAAACUUACUAUGUUUUCCUUAUAAUUACUAAAUAUUUGCUGGAGAUACUUUGAGACUAUGCAAAUGUCCUGUUUCUGCUUAAACUUUUGCCCAGCCACUUUACUAUCCAUUGGCAGAUCUUGCUUGUGGCAGUUACUACUGUGGUAUUCUAAUGGUGAUUUUCUAUUUCUCUCAUUCCUUCUACAUUUAUUAAUUGAAAUUCUUCUGUAAAGAAGAGGUGUUGCUUCUGGAUUUAUAUUUUUAAUUAUAAUAAGAAUAUUCAGGAUAAGUACACACUUAGAACUUAAAGAUGUUAAACCAUGUUAAAAUGAUGCCAAAUACCAAUAUCAAAGAAAAUAAAACUAAGUUGGUAACUUGACUCAGAAAAUAUAAUGAACUUAAGAAGGAAACCAGUAUUUAUGAUUUGUAGAGUUGGUUCAACUUUUGACUUAAUAUUGACUUCAGACUGAAUUCAAAAUUUUCUUGAAAUUUCACAUCUGGACUUUUAAAAGUGUCUACAUUUAUAUUACUUUGGGGAUCAUUUUGUUAAAAUCUUGAAUAAAGUUAAAGACCUGGCAUGAUAAA